AUGAUGAAGUUUUCUCUUUGCCUUUUUGUCUUGAGUUCUGUCUUGGCAAAAUCAACAUGCCAAGCACAACAAUAUCUGCGACGAAAGCUGCUUCAGGACGAUAUUACCCAAGCCGCCGACAUUAGUCUUGUUAAUUUUCUGAUAACCUUGGCCUUGCCCAAAGUAAACGAUGGAAUCAAAUUGAACGCUCCUGAUCCCUUUCCCGCCAAUCAAACUGGUACUUACCAUAUCGCGUCAAAAUGGAUUCCAUUGUGGUGCAAAUCGGCAUCCAUCGAUCUGGACUACAGCGUUGGAGAAAUCCUUGGUUUGUCGGAACUCUACGUUGAUUCACUAUCAACAGUGAACAUCAACGUCAAUCAUGACGAUUCGGAAUGGUCGGGUAGCUUUCUCGCAUCCAUAGCCACACCAGGCAUGAUCACGGCCGAUAACUUUCAAAGUACACUUCGGGCAAGUUGUGCAGCGAAUGGCAGAGAAAGGACCUGGACAGUCGUAGGCGGGGAGAUGGUGGCCGUGUCACCAACGUUGGAUUUACAGCUGGAUAUUUCGGGGACUCUGUGCGGGCCGGGAUGCUUGGAACUGGGUAAUGCCUCGAUUCCACACCCAUUGGAUCUUAGCUACGCAAGUAUAGUUGCAAAUGUGGAAGAAUCACCAUGGUAUGUCCCUGGUUUGGUGAUGGAGAGAUUCGUUGGGUUUGGAUCCGACAUUCUCAGGGCAGAUGUGAUGCAGUUUGUGGAUAUCCAAAUGCGACCAAAAAUCGAGGAAAGCCUUCUACGGGAACUUCCUGUUUUGCAAUUGCUGAGAUGA